AUGGCAAACCCGGCCAAUACCCAGAAUACCCAAGGUACCUCAGCCACCGGUGCCACCUUCGGGCAAGCUUCCCAGGAUCCUACUCAAUCACAGAUGGGCCCGCCUCUCGUACCAGUACGAGCUUGCCUCUCCAACCGCCGAGAGAGCAUGCUUCUGGCAGCCCAUCCGUCAUCCCAGCCAUCAGUAUCAGCUAGCGGCGACCUAGAGCCCAUGACUGCUACACGCGAGAUUGUCGGCAUCGAAAUCAACGACGUCCUGCUCGAAUACCUCAAAGAUUCUAACUACGUUUACCUCCGUUAUACCGUUGACACCGAGUGGUUCGAAUUACAAGAGGAUCCCGAACCUGACGAGCACAGCAAUGCCUUUUACUCCCUUAGCACAGGCCGAAUCCGCACUGAUGGCAACAUCACCCACAACAUCAACGACUUCACUGUCACUAACUCUAGUAACCUCCAGAAGAACGUGAAGGAUCGUCCCGACUUCUGGUGGCGAUUUAUUGUCUCUACGCUAGUCUCCCUACGCAACUGCACUGACGCCAUCAAUAGGCAUCUGCAGACUGUGGACCGCAAUGAAGGAGAGACUCAAGCUCUACGAGACCGACUAGCGAAUGUUGAAGCAGCCCUUGAUGAAACUUCGAACAGUAAACAACUACAAGUUGGCAUGGUUAGCAGCAACCUGUACAAGGAGAAGCUGACAGAGAUCCGACGCCUCACCUCGGACAUCGGAAAGCUCAAAGCUGCGUCAGAACAACUCCCCAACGUUCGCGAUGACCCCGCCUUCAAAGCCCUCGCCGCUGAGCGCGACCUUGCCGCCACCGAACGCAAUGAACUCAAGCAGAAGGUUGAGGACCUAUCCCGCCGAGCCGAUGAACCGGAGAGCGGUCCUAACUACGCAGAGUUGGCACAGAAGCUCAAGGAGGAGUCUGACAGCGCCGACUGGUGGGCAGACCAAGCUAAGGCCAACGCUGAGCUCUGCGACAAGUUCAAAGGACAAGCUGAUCGCUAUUCUAUCGAGCUUAACCAGUAUGAUGUCAAGUACUCUAACAUGGAGGCGAACAAGAACGAAGCUCUCGCCCUUAAGGAUAAGGCUUACGAUGAGCUCAACCUCCAGCUCACCGAGGCUAGACCCGUACACCCUCUGGCGGCGCGAGCGAUCUUACGACCAGUACGGCCUGUACAAUCAAGCGUUUUGCUACAGCGACCUGUAGAUGGUACCGCUGACCAACUCUCACAAGAUCCUCGCCGAGCUGGGUACACCCCAUGGGAUAACCGUACUCCCGUGCGCGACGCCUCGCUACCUCCUCCAUCAUCGAACCCAUACGCCCCCGCUCCUACAGUACCGCGACCGCCGCCCGUCGCGCCCUCUACCGCCGGUGGAGGAUUCUCUUACAAACUCCCAGAACUUGAGACGUUCAAGGGCAAGGUCGACGACGACUACGAGCGGUGGCGCGAGAUGGCAGUGGCCAAGUGUCGCACAUACCCAGAGGACUGGCAAGCGGUUGACUACCUCAAGUUCCGCAUUCAAGGCGAAGCUUACGAGCACAUCCGAGAUGUCAAAGCUCGCCAUUUCCUAGAUUUCCUAGAGACUCUCGACAGCCAGUAUCUCACCUAUGAUCGGGAAGCUGACGCCGAAACCCUCAUCGCCGACGGCUCGCUCCGCUACAAGUCUGGACAGAAGUUCAUGGAGUGGAAGUCUAAGUUCACCUCUUGCAUGCGAAUCCUCAAACACAAGAACGCGACCCAGAUCCGAUACGCUCGCGAGUUCAUGCGACCCGGGUUAGCUAUCGCGACCACUGCCGGAUCUCACAAGGAUGAGACCAUCCAGUCCUUCUUGCUGCGAGCGCAACACAUCGACCAGGGACAUCAACAGAUUGACGCUGGCCGAAAAUUAACUCCCGUUACGAAGACCGCUGGUGCUAGCCGUACCCAAAAGUUGGUCACCUUCCGGACACCCGACACUCCAGGUCACAACAACGCCGCCAGCACGCAUACGUACAAGAAGAUGGCCUUCGAGCGGUCAGAGAAAGACAAGAAGCGUCUAGCUGACUUGAAGCUCUGCUUCAAAUGUGGCAAGGAUGACCAUCAGAUGAGGCACGAGACUGCCCCCUGCCGCGGCAAGCCCUUCACUCCUUCUCACCAAAUCCCCGCACUGGCUUCUUUGUACAUCAAUGCUCUCGACGCUUCCAACGAAGAGGAGCGAGACGAGGAUACUGAGGAGCCGCUGGACGACAACGACUUAGUGGAUGACGAUGGCUUCUACGUCAACGACGAGGAACUACUUGAGCAUUUAAAUUAG